AGCAGAAACUGUCAAACAAUCUGUCAAAAUGGCACGUCAGCAACAAGAUGUUGAUGAACUUUUCGAUGUUAAAAAUGCGUUUUAUGUUGGAAAUUACCAGCAAGCUAUCAACGAGGCACUCAGUAUUAAUGGCUCCACACCUCUGAUAGCACUGCAGAAAGAUGCUUUCCUAUACCGCUCAUACAUCGCUCAAGGCAACCACAGGAUCGUGCUGCAAGAGCUGAAGUCUGCUGACCCUAUGCUCCAGCCUUUGAAGAGCUUGGUGGAGUAUUUGUCUCCUGGCGCCAACAAGCCCGUUAUUGUAGCUGAUAUUGAUGCUAGAGUGGCUAAAGGCACAGAGCUUGCCAAUGAGAUAUUUUUGCUGGUAGCGGCUACAAUUUACUACCAUGAAGAAAAUUACGAAGCCGCAUUGAAGUAUGUUAUUAGUUUUACAAAUCUAUUUUAUAAUCUGUGUUGUAGUAUUUAUUGCCUCAGUUGCCUAAGAUAUUAACCUUUUCGCUCGGAG